AAUAAUUUCUAACUUUAGUUCAGCCUACUGAAUAUCUAUCAAGUGAAAGUUAUCUUUCAUCUAUAACUCCAAUUUCCCCCACUUUUCCCCCACUGGAGGGGACGGAAGAGGAAAUGACGAUCGGUUAACAUGGCGGCCUCCAUGUCCAAUGUGGCGGGAAAGUCAUUGCUGAAAAUGUUUCACGUUAUUAUUAUCUUGUCAACAUGGUUUAUGCCUUCAUUAACUGCAAAACUUAACGCGCCCAAAGUUCUGUUACCUUACUACAGUUCUUUCAUCGCGAAUUUUACUUUACGGGUAGAAUUUGCACCAGAGGAGACUUCGGUUGCCAACUGUUACCGAUGGCGAUCAACAAGACCAGAGGUGGCUCAAGUCAGUCUUAUAAAUUCUACAGAUGGGGAAUGUGCAGCUAUUGCCAGGGUGUCUGCCAUCUCCAAAACUCCCCAUCAAAUGACCACAGCUAUUGUUGCUGAAAAUAAAGUGACAAAAGAGGCAUUGCGGUGCAAUGUAAUUGUUGGAGAAAUUGUUCGGCUGGAAAUUGAAACCACCACUCGCCUUCUGUAUCUGGAGGAUUCUCCUGAGGAGCUGAUAGUUCGUGGUUUUGACGGUGAAGGCAAUAUUUUUUCUAGUCUGGAGGGUCUCCCUUUUGAGUGGAGCCUGGUGUCUGAUAAUGAUAUUGGUGGCAAUGUUGAUGCUCACAACAUCCUAAGGAUCAAACGUUUUUCUGAGUCACACUACACAACUCCAUCCCAUAUAGUUCCUCUUGAAGAGCAGGGCCUGCAAGGGGACACAAUAUUGGUGGAAGGCAUACGCACAGGAAGUGCUAGAUGCUCAGCUCGUUUGAAAGAUGUGGCUUACAAGGGAGUAACACCUAGUGAGGUGCGCAUUGUGGUUGUUGCAAACCUGAUGCUAUCUCCUCCAGAUGCCUAUGUCCUCAAGCAUGCUCAUGUCAAGUACACAGUAGAAUUAUUACGACACAAUUCACUCAGAGAAAUUUCCAUGCCAUCACCUCAGUACUACCUGGAAGUUAAGGAUAGGAGCAUUUGUUCUUUAGACGCUGAAAAAUCUGUGGCAACAGCCCUUGAAAUGGGAUCUACUGAGAUCGUCUCUCAAAGAUAA